AUGGAGUACCGGGCGCCACAUCCGAUGAGCGCCGGGGCGCCUUACUACCCCCACCCAGGUGUGAGUGCGAAUAAAAUUGCCAAGCGGACGGAGCUGGCGGCGAAUAAAGGCGGUCCGUUUGCGGCGGCGUUACGCACGCUCGCCAAAAACGCCGGCCCAGAUGCUAAAGAUGGAGCGGGCGGCGGACCGACGGGAGGGGAGCGGGACGCGGUCAAGGACAAGCCACCUCCGGCUCCGGCCAAGCGCGCCUCACCACACCAUCUGCCGGCCUCCGGAUUCCAGCCCUAUCGCCCCGACGACAGACUGUCGCACCCCGCGGCGUCGUUCCCUCUGCUGGAGCCGGCCACUUAUUCGCCCUACGCGCACCCGGGUCUCUACUCCAGCGCCGCUUUGCAGUACAGGCUCGCGGCAGAGGAGCAACUCUACCUGGAACGCAUGUUCAGGGGCGGAAUGGGCGUCGGUUGGCUCCCGCCCUAUCCCGCCUAUCCUCUCCUCGCCCCGCCUCUAUCCUUGGUGCAUCCGGGACACCCGGGUCACCCCGGACACCCCGGUCAUCCGGGACAUCCGGGCCACCCGGCGCACCCGGGUCAUCCGGCUCACCAUCAGCACGCGGCGCACGCGCACGCUCUGCACGACGAGAGGGAAAAGGAGAUAGCGCUGCAGAGGGAGAGGGAGCGGGAACGCGAACGGGAGAGGGAAAGGGAGAGCUUCGACGUUUCCAGAGAGCGAGAGCUGCGAGAAAAAGAAGCCCGGGAGCGAGAGAGAGCGGUGAGGGAGAAGGAGUCGCGUCGCGCCGCGGCCCCGCCCCCGUUGCUCUACCGGCCCUUCCGGCCUUACGAGCCCGACCCCGGUGAGCAGCCCACUUCCGCCCCGCAGUCGUCGCAGCCCGCGCCGCAGCCCACCGCCGCAUCCGCCACGCAGCCCGCCGCGCUCUGA